AUGGAUGUUAAAGAGGUUGCUGAUUUCAAGUGGGAUGAGGAGCAAGAAGAUUCCAUAGCAUAUCUCUCCAAACAAAAGUUGGUCGUAUUACGUGGGAAAGAGGCAGAAGAAGGAAUUGCCUGUGAAGGGUACAUCUGCUCUUUUCGUGGUUUGGUUGUUCGCACUGUACUUUUAGACAGUUUCCUCCUCCACAACUCAACCGCAGACAAAAAAUUUAUUAUCGAUUCAGAGAUAAAGUCACUCCGAGACGCGAAACAGCUACUGGAACGUCUGAAAAUUGAAGAAGCGGUAGAAUUCAUCGAAAAGAAUCCGCAUCCAAAAUUAUGGAGUCUGCUUGCCGAAGUUGCUCUUUUGCGUCUGGACAUUCCGACAGCGGAGUAUGCCUAU